AUGGAUCUCAUCGAGCUUUGCUUCCAGCUCGCUGAAGAGGCCCUUUAUUCCGAUGAAGUUCCGAUAGCUUGUGCCUUUUUAUUUAAUGGAAAUAUUGUUUCUAAGGCACGAAAUGAAGUAAAUGUUAGUAAAAAUGCUACUAAUCACGCAGAGAUUAUUGCAAUUCGUCGGCUAGAAGAGUACUGCAGAAAAAAUCUGUUAAAUUUGGAUGAAUUCGUACCAAGGCUGACUCUUUUUGUUACCGCUGAACCAUGUAUAAUGUGCACAUCUGCACUUCGCACACUCUUUAAGUCUCCUCCACUCAAAAUUAUCUUUGGUGCCAGUAAUGAGCGAUUUGGCGGAUGUGGUUCUGUCUACAAUCUUGAUGUUCUUGAUAUGAACUUACCCCAGCUUAGCUGCGUAAAAGGCAUUGAGGAAAAGAGAUCUAUUGAUUUAUUGAAAAGAUUUUAUCUCACUGAAAACGUGAAUGCACCUAUUUCCUUGAGGAAAUUAAAACGCUGA